UCCAGAUUAUCCAGAGUGCGUGACUGCUUUUUGUGAGCGAAACAUGCGCGGGUGCGAGGAUGUGUGAGUGACACACGCGAGUUACAAUUUUAUUUUUUUACAUCAGUUAUUUUUCUGUGACUAGUCCCUUCGGAUCUUGAUUAGGUGCUGGUGUGAAAAAAUGUCGCCGACAGCAACUCUAAUUUCUCAACCAACAAGCUUGUCAGCUCUCCACGGUUCACGGAACCGUCAGCAACAGGAUUACAACAGUUCGAGUUCCGGAAGUUCUUUGCUGACAUCUUUCUUUCCACCAACCACGAACUGGUACCAGUACGAGGGUUCCGAUCAAUACCAACAUAAGUUGCUGUCGCCGAAUUGGACGCCCUUCAACAAUGCCACGUACUCGUACAACCUGUAUAAUGGUUAUUCGAGCAACUUCAGCGAUCCCAUUCAGGACAUUAACGACCAGUUGGCGGAUUUGGCGUUGGAUAGGAGGCCAAUAAAAAGGCCGCCGCCCAGUUACUUAUGCCAUUUGUGUUUCCAGAAGGGCCAUUACAUCAAAGACUGUCCACAAGCUCGUCCAAAGGGAGAGGGAAAAACCCCAUAUCAGGGCAGGAAACGGUGUUUCGGCGAGUACAAAUGUCCAAAGUGCAAGAGGAAAUGGAUGUCGGGAAAUUCGUGGGCAAACAUGGGACAGGAAUGCAUCAAAUGUCACAUAAACGUUUUCCCCCACAAACAACGUCCUUUGGAGAAACCAGACGGACUGGACGUUUCGGAUCAAUCGAAGGUCCAUCCUCAGCAUCUUUGUCAGAAAUGCAAGGAACUGGGUUACUAUUGUAGAAGAGAACAGUGAAAGAAAACGAAUUUACCUCAUUAAAUUGAUUUUUUUAUUAUUAUUUUUCUAUUUUAUUACUUUUAUAUUAUUUUUAUACGUUAUUUUUUUUUUCGUUUCGAGUUUAUGUACUUAAUAUUAUUAUUUUUUUAUGUUAUCGUUUAGGUUCGCUAUUAAAUUUGAUACUUAUUUUCGUGGAUUCGAAGACCAAAGUAUUUGGUGCUAAAAUUGCCAAAUUUUUUACAACAGAAUCAUUUUUAUUGAUUCUUAAAUUGUAUGCAAUUGGCAGCUGUUGUAUUUGUUAAGAUAUUGUUGAAUAUGUUUAUGUUCGUUUUUAUAUUCCUCAAUUUUACAUAUUUGUAUAAAUUUGGUCAGAAAUAUUGUCAAUAUAUGUAUAUAUUCAGAGUAAUUUGUAAUUCUAAAGUAUGGUCAAAAUGAAACAACAAGAUUACUUAAUUAUUUUUGAUAAACAACUUAAAAUAAAAACAUAAUUUUGUCCAUAAUUUAGAAGAAAUGUUAUCAGAGUAAAUAUUUUAGCUGUUUAUACCUAUUGUAUAUUUAAUCUACAUACGAAAGGUAAUGAAUAAAAUGCGCUUUUAAUUAAA